AUGGCUACAAUGUCAACACAAGAGUACGACAGAGCACUUCAAGUCGAUGAGGACACUUUGCAAUUACUCAAUCUCAAGACAGACAACAAUCUUGACGAAUACGUUCUAGUAAUCAUAGGUAUUGAUGAUAAUCAUCGUUUAUCCGAAAAUCUUCCACGGAUUAUCAGUGAGCGUUGUAUAAAAUGGUUCAGUGAUAUUGAAACAAGUCUUGCAUUUAUUGAUUCUCUAUACAACAGGAACAUUUUCUUAAUUAUUUCUGGCAUAGUGGGAAGAAAUCAUGCUCAUAAAUUUCUUGUUAAACAACAAAUUGUUGGUCUUUAUGUGUAUUGUAUGGAUGAAGAUAAACAUAGGAUGUGGACAAAAGGAAUUAAUAAGAUACGAUGUACUGUUUCGGAUGCAACAAAAUUACUUACUCAACUUCACCAUGAUAUUAAAGAGCUGAGUCGACGAUGGCCACUUGGUGAAAAAUCAUUUCAAAAAGUUGCAACGUCUACCUCCGAAUGGCAGCAUUUAUUUAUUCUAGUGAUCUGCUAUCGAUCUGAAUAUAUUAAAGAAUCUUAUAAGGAAAUGUUCAACGAAUGUCGUGCAUACUACUGGAACAAUCGUAGUAGAAUGAAACAAAUCGAUCUAUUUCAACAAACUUACAAAUCUGAUAAUGCCAUCCAUGAGUAUACACGAGAAGGUUUUCUUUAUCGUAUCGUCAAUCAUGCUUUACGUACAAAAAAUAUGGAAAUCAUCAGAAAAUUUAGUCCUUUUAUCAGAGAUCUACAUUCUCAAUUACAUAAAUAUCAUCGAGAGUAUUGUAAGUCCCAAAAAUACUAUAUUCGGGUCGUGUAUCGAGGACAAAACCUGAGUGUGGAUGAACUCGAAUAUCUUAGGUCGAUUUCUAAAUCAAACAAUCCCGUCAUUACAUUGACUACAUUUAGUUCGGCAUCACUUGAUCCUGAAAUUGCAUUGUCCUUUGCAUCUGCUGUGGACGGGCGAAUUUCUUGUCUGUUUGAAAUUAUUAUACCCGAUAGCUAUAACGAAGAUCAACAAUACAUGCCUAAGUUUGAACAAGUGUUCGCAAAUAUUACGUCACUAUCCGACAUGCCAAAUGAGCAAGAAGUGCUCUUUUCUCUUGUAACGCGCUUUUCUGUAGAACAUGUCGGAUAUCCGAUAAAUCAAUCUAAUCGUACUUGGGUGCCAAUUGUACUCAAACUCACUAAUAUAGCGGAGGCAGGAAGUAAUUACAGUCAUUUUGAUAUUAUCGAACGGAUUGAAAAGGAAACAGAUCCACAAAUUUAUGCCGAUAUUUUACAUAUGUUACAAGUGAACGCUAGAGAUGAACUGAAAUUCAAGGGCACAAAUUGGCAAAACUGGUGGAAUAAUUUAAAACGUCACUCGGGGAAAGGUCUUGUAGAUAAACAGCCACUACAUCUAACAUUCUAUGAUUGUUUCACCGAGGAUAAAUAUUGGUCAAGAAAAGCGAUUGAACUGCACAAAGUCAUUCUACUUUCUAUUCCUUCAUUCCAAUCGAGCUCUUCAUCUUUUACCGGAUUACUUCGUGAGUUCAAGAUAUGGCAAGAACGUCCUACGAUACAAAUUGCCAUAUAUGAAGAUUAUUUAAAACAAUUCUGUACCAUGGAUACGGAAGAAGUCGUUAAAUGUCUUUGCUUAGCUGGAGAAACUUAUAAAAGGAUUGCUGAUAAGGAGUGCGCAUUGGAAUGUUAUCAAAAGGCAUUGGAUAUGAAUCUGAAUGAUAAGUACCGAAUGAAUAAUACGAUACAAAAACAAAUAAAAAUGUUACAAAAGCCUCCCAAAACAAUUCGAACGAUGGAUAAUACUGAACACAGAUCAGUGAAAAAAGAUUCUAAUCAAGAGUGUUCAGAAAUGUUUGAUGCACAGCAAGACGUGUGGUUACUUUACAGGAUUAUCAAGAGUGAAGUUCCUGUCAAAUUUUCUAUAGAAGAACGUCUAAGCCGAAUUUUCGAUUAUAUUCGACGACGUGAGAAGUGGUAUGAUGCGGCUGAUUCGAAGAUUAUUCUUCGAUUACCAUACGAAAUUACUGAAGAUUUAUCGGUUAAUGAUUAUCGCUACAAUUUUUUACCUGCUGUGCAUACACACAUCUCGUCGAGGAACUCAACAAUGGACGCAGCUAACAAUAAUUCUCUUUCUCUUUGGCGUUAUAAAAAAUAUAUGUAUGAAUGGAUGCUGUGCAAAGAAUUAGAAAGGUUUUUACAAUCUUUUCAAAAGAAAUCAAAAUAUAUUCGCUGCUACAUUCUUCCUCAACUUGAGCGACUUAUAAAAAAACUUCACGUACUUACCACCAUAUGUACUGUUUAUAUAUGUAUUAAACAAGGUGAAGAUAAUGUUAACAUGAACAAUGUUCAAUUUUUCAACAUGACAAGUCCAGAAAUGAGACAUCCCAUUUACGUCGAUCUGCGCGAUAGCGAUCUGCUAGCUGGCCUUGCAGUAUUCGAAGACAAAAGUCUAGCUACUGAAGAGACUAUUAACACUAUUCCAGAUCACGUGAGGCUGGUUUCAACGGGAUUUGCCGCCUUUUUACAGAGUUUCCCGUGA